AUGACUACACGUGAUUACAAAAGUGACUGCAUAAUCUUUGAUGAUAGUUAUGAAGGAUAUUCAGCGAAGAAUUUCACUCUACCAGAAAUAUAUGAAAAACAUAUUUCAACCAUUUUGGUUCCAAGUGGAAUGAUUGAGAAUCGUUUGGAAAGAAUGUCUAUUGAUAUAUUGAGUGAUUAUGAGAAAUCUGGUGUACAAUCUGUCUACGUGAUUUGUAUAUUGAAAGGAGGUUUCAAAUUUGCUUCGGACUUAUUCAAGGCAUUACAAGAGUUCUCAUUUACACGUCGAAAUUACAUAAAAGUUAGCAUCGACUUCGUCGCUGCAAGUACAUACGUUGAUGAUUCAGUAGGUCAUGAUACCAAAAUCACUCCGUGUACAAAUAUGGAGAAGUUCAGAGAUAAGGAUGUACUCAUUGUGGAAGAUAUGGUUGACACGGGCACAAGUUUAAACGAACUGGAGAGAUUUGUGAAGAAAUACGAACCGAAGUCUGUUCGUUCAGCAUGUUUACUAGUCAAAAGAAUAGCCGAAUUUCCUGGAUAUUACCCAACCUAUGUUGGCUUCGAAGUGCCGAACGUAUUCAUAGUUGGUUAUGGUAUCGACUACAACGAUCGCUUCCGUGAAUUGCCACAUGUCUGUGCAGUGAACGAUGAAGGUAAACGCGAAUUUCUUGGCAAAGGUUAA